UUGCGACAGUGGCCAUGGUCGGUGGUUAAUGUCCGCUGUGAGGUCGGCGCCGGAGAGGGCGAAGUCGGACAUAGCGAGGUUGGGUCUGUCGUCUUAUGCAGGAAUUUAGAGUUCGGGCUGAGAAAUGGAUGUUCAGCCCGACCUGUCGACUGUGAGGUCGGCUCCGAUGUCACGAUACCUGCCUCGGGGGCUUGGAGGCGGCCUACCGUUGCUGCGAUUUGGUGGAUCCGGGCUGUGACGUGGAAUCGGCCCCGACGGCUAGGUCGGGCUUCUACUGUGAGUGGGGUUCGGCUUGUGACGUGGGGUCCCGAGCUUGGUGAUGGAGAGGCUCGGCCCCGACUGCCAUGGUGUGGAGUCGGCAGCCGACUGUGA